AGGGAAGGAGGUGUGUGUGGGGGGGGGGUGCAAUGCCAGAGAUGCUAAAGACACAAAUGGAAGAGAAGGAGGGAUGAAAACAGGAGCUACUGCUUGGAUGAAAGUGUUGAGGAUAGAAUAGUAGGGAAAGAGGCAUUCUGAGGAGUGAGAGAGAGAGAGAGAUAGGGAGAAAGAGGGAGACAUUGUAAGGAGGAGGAAGAGGAGGAGGCAGAGGAGGCGAUCUGCUGAAGGGAAGCAGCAGCGCCACUGAUUUUACAAGACCCCUGCCAGCUGUCUUCUGUUGCUGUGGAGAUGGGCUGCUGGCUCUCUGGACCAUGGAUGGGUGACCAAACGAUGAGUGGGCGGAGUUUAGCACACCUUAGCCAACGGGAUGCUUUGAGGAUUAUUGCUGCAAGUCAGCGCCCCAUCACCUUGCAGAUCAAGGGCCAGAGGAGGCGGGGCAAUGAGGGAGACGGGGGCUCCUGGGAACCCCUGCCGCUCAACCUGCAGCACCUCAACCUACCUCUUCCAAUGAGAGGGGGGGGAAUAAACACAUCUAGCCCCUCCUACCCUGACAGACAUUAUUACGGUCAUCUGUCUCUGCCACAAGACCACUGUGAUGGAGGACGGUACAGCUACAUGUCUAGCUCCCCACGGGACACGGUGGAAAUCAACCAUCAGGAUCUAGAACUAGCUAGUCGUCGACAAAAAAGGAAGAACUGCCUGAUGGGAUGUUGCAAUCCGGACUUAGAUGAGCCCACCACCUGCCACAGCCAGACGGAUGACGAGGACUUCAUCCUGGAGAAGCCACUGGGUUUCAUGCCCCUUCACCACGAGCUGGACAGUGGCCUGGGCUGGACGGACGGCUCCAUCCAUCAGGGGGACCUCUCAGGACUGGAGACAGAGGAGGGAGGUCUAGAAGACUGCCAUCCACACGGCAACUUCCCCACCGCCGGGUGUGGGGGGUUCGGGGGUGGGGGAUCUCCGUCCUCAGAGUCUUUCAUCUCCUCGGAGCUCAGCGACUCAGGCUUCUACAGCGUGAGCACCGGGGAGUUCAGGCACUUCCAGAGGCUCCUGGAGAAGAGGAUGCGCCUUUACAAUGCCAGGAUGCAGCAUCAGGGCGAGCCGUGCGAGAGGCGCGAGAGGCGCGACAGCUGCCCCAAGAGCCACCGAGAGCUGCUCGAGUCCAUACCCGAGGCGCUGACGAUGCAGCCGCCAUGCCAGCAUAUGCAGCACGGGGUGGAGGACGGCGCUGGGCCUGUCAUGGACGUCCAGCCUCGUGGACUUUUCAGGGUUUCAUCGGUCCAGUUCCACAAAGCCGACCGACCAUGCCUGAACCGCCACAGCUCCAGCAGUGGCGCCCUCUUCAACCCCUCCCACGCCGCAGUCCCGCGGAUCAAUGCCCCGGUCCUCUCCACCUGCAGCACGCCCUCCAGCCACCGAAGACCGCAGAGACCCAUGCAGCAGCAGUACAACCACCAGGGUUCCAGCUCGGUGGGCAUGCUGAGGAGAAGUCGGACCCUACACCACCGGCCUCCUCCGCAGGAAUACCGCCGCCGCGCCAGCCACCCGGCAUCCCCUUCCUAUUGCGCCGCGACUCUUCACUACUGCGGAGGCGUCACGCCGCACAACGUCCUCCCGCCAGGCCUGCCGGAGGAAGGUGAGCUAGAUGCUGGCGCGAUGGCUACCCACCCAACGGGCCUGGCCCUGUCGCCCCAACAACACCCAGCUGCCCUGGGGCACGUCAGGGGCGCCGGCGCCGGCGCCAACGAGCGAUGCUAUGACAACAACUCGAGUGGCCAGAUCAGUCAAAAUGACUGGUGGCACACACAAGAUAGAGGCUUGAUGCCCGAGCCAGGGAUGGCAGACAGAGACAGGGAGAUGGAGAGGGAACUGGAUCAGAAGAGACAACUGCAGAAGGAAAAGGAACUGGAGAGGGAGCGAGAGAGGGAAAGGGAGAUGGAACGGGAGAGGGAGAUGAAGCUUCAGGAGGAGAGGGAAAGAGAAAGGCAAAUGGAGCUGGAGAGGAGCAGAGCUAGGGAGCAGCAGCACUUCCACAGCCAUGUCCUGCCUCCCCAGGCUGCAGACGUCAACGACACCUGGCCAAAACCGGCCAGUCGUCAGUCCUAUGGAGGCGGAGGAGGUAGAGGCCUCUACAGCACCUUGGAGGGCCACACGGGGGCUGGAACCGCCGGUGAAUGUCAAGCAAAGAACGAACAGAUAAACGCCUACUCGAGCCCUAAUCCCGGUUCCGGCCUGCAGCCGAAACCCAAUCCAAACUCCAGACCCAACGCGACCUCACGCGUCACAAGGAGCCAGUUGCUCAGAGAUCGAGCUCAUCAGCUGGCAGAUGAACGGAGCGGAAUGAGCACCGAUGAGGAGACCAACACUGACAUGCUGAUGGGCCGCUACUGGAGUCGAACGGAGAGGAGAGAACAUUUCCUGUUGGCCCGGGAGCAGAAGCAGCAGCAGCUGCUGGCCAGAGGCGGGCCUGUUCUUAGCCGGGGAGGAGCAUCUGUUGCAGAAGAAGGCUUAAUGGAAAGCAGGGGAGUCGGACCUUUUGCUGAGAGGCGAUGCAAGACCGUCCUGGAGCUGAGUCAACGGAAGCUGAGCCGCCUGAGGAACAGAAAGCUGUUGGAUGACUGGACAACUGUAGAGGAGCUGCUGACUCACGGGACCAGGUUGGACAACCAGGAGGACAUGUUGUGUCCCAGCUCGCUGUUGACGGUCACCACUGUCUAA